CUUGCUGUUCUGCUGCUGUUGCAGUUUACCAAAGUAAAAUGCAGUGGAGAUACGACUAGUGAUCUUUCUCGAGUUGACCUACACUCCCAUUUCAUUACGCCCUCAUACCGGGCAGCCUUGGUCAAGUACGGAUAUGGGCAACCUGAUGGAAUGCCAUAUAUUCCUGUAUGCAAAAAAAUCUUACAUGCCGCUCAAUCUGUCUAUGACAAAAGCAUUAAUGUUUCUUGGUCCGAGGAGUCACACUUGAGCAUAAUGAAAGACGCCAACAUCUCCAAGUCGAUUCUCAGCGUCUCGUCUCCAGGAACUCAUCUUGUUCCCGGAAACGACGAGUUGGCGCGCAACAUCACCCGAGAAGUCAACGAGUUUGCCGCCGACCUCAAGAAGCGCCUGCCUGAGCAAUUUGGCUUCUGGGCCUCCCUGCCUCUUCCGGACAUCGAGGGCAGUCUUGCCGAGCUGGCGUACGCUCUCGACGAGCUCAAUGCAGACGGUGUCGUUGUCAUGACCAACGCCCACGGAGUCUACCUCGGCAACGCGACCCUUGACCCCGUCUUCGCAGAGCUCAACAGGAGGAAUGCGCGCGUCUUCAUCCACCCUACCAGCCCUUGUAUUGGAGACGGAAAGGCGACGCAGCCAGCAUCGCCUCUAGCCCUGUACCCCGGCCCCGUCAUCGAGUUCUUCUUCGACACGGCCCGCGCUGUCAGCAACCUCUUCCUCUCCGGGGCCAUCCAGUCCCUGACGAGCACGACGUUUAUCGUUUCCCACGCAGGCGGCGCCUUCACCCCUCUCAUCGACCGGCUGGUCGAGUUCGCUCUGCUCGUCGGCAACCCCGACCUCACUGCAGAGAGUAUCCGCGCGACAAUCAAGAAGCAAUUCUACUUUGAUCUCGCCGGCACACCAUUCCCUGACCAGAUAUAUGGCCUACUUAGAUACGUCGACGCGAGCCGUCUUGUUUACGGAAGCGACUACCCCUUCACACCAGACUCGAGUGUGACUGAGCUGGGCGAGGAGAUGAACCUUGAGUUGCCACAGGUCUUUCCUAACGAAGAGGAUCAAAAGAAGGUUCUGCGUGAAAAUGCCGAGGCACUAUUGAAG